AUGGCAAUAUUGGAUCCUUCAGAUUACACUGUCUUAUGGCUCGCUCCGCUAGAAAUCGAGUUGCAGGCUGCCCGACUAAUGUUGGACGAGCACCAUGGAACCGAAUUCCCUGAGGCAAAGAACUGUAUUUUUCACGCCGGUAGGAUGUGUGGAUAUAAUGUCAUCAUUGCACAUGUGCUCGAUAGAUCAUACGGGGUCGCCUGGGCUGCCUCCGUCAUUGGCGAGGCUACUAUUUUCAAAAAUAUCCAGUUCAGCUUGCUGGUCGGAGUUGCAGCUGGAUUGCCCAAUCCCGCGCGAAAGCCCCCGAUUGAUAUCCGCCUUGGCGAUGUUCUCGUGGCCCGAGUAGAGGGCAACGAUGCGGCGAUUAUACCAUAUGGCUUCGGCAAGGAAACGGAAAACGAUGGUUUCCAGCUCAUGGGCUCUGGCCAUGUAUUGGAAAAAACGAAAAAAGUUGUCUCCUCAAUUAUCAGUACUCUAAAACUUAAAUACGGAAAUAGUGCAGAUUUCUUUUUGCCACAUUACAACAAAAUCAGAGACAAAGACCACCAGCUCAGCGGCAUCUUCAUGGAUCCAGGACAAGAAAAUGAUAUCCUCUACCAAAUCAAUGAUGACGGCACAGAGCACAUCGUCCAACGAAGACGCAGGCCGACUCUUCUCGCCGAGAUUCCAAAACCCCCAGAUCAAAACACGUUAGAUCGCAGACGUAAGCGCUCCCUUGACGAACAGUCACUUUGCAUCAGAGACAACAGGCCAAAGAAUCGACGCUCCGACAAUUGUGGCAGUAACAUUUUGCCAAUCAACCUCGAUAGCUCCACGCCAACUUCAUUGGAUGAAGGUCGAAAACGAGCGCUAGACUGGUUAAGAAUUGACCAAAUCGACCGCCGGUACAAUACUGUUAAGAAAGCAUACCGGCAGACAUGCGAGUGGCUGUUGCGAACUUCCGAAUAUUGUGACUGGCUAAACCCCAGCCAUCUCGUGGAGCAUCACGGAGUCCUAUGGAUUAAAGGGAACCCUGGCGUCGGGAAAUCGACCUUAAUGAAGUUUGCUGUCAGAAAUGCUACGAAUAACAUGGAGAAAAACAUGAAGAAAGCUAUCAUUUACUUCUUUUUCUAUGCGCAAGGACAAGAUCCAGAGAAAUCUACGGUUGGAAUGUAUCAAUCACUACUUGUCCAGAUUUUCGAACAACUCCCACACCUUCAAAGCGCUCUCGAUUCUUUUGACUUGAAUACACGACAUAAUGAAGCACCGCAGUGGAGCGUCGAGCAACUUGAGGAACUCUUCGAGCAAGUUGUCCAGGGUCUCGGAACGUACUCUUUGAUGUGUUUUAUUGAUGCCUUGGAUGAGUGCAGCGAAAUUGAGAUUCGGGAUAUGAUGUCGUUCUUUGAAGAGUUGAGCAAUCAAGCCAUAUCACGAAACAUUGUGUUCCAAGUCUGCUUCUCAAGCAGAUGGUACCCGAACAUUACUAUUUCGAAAGGACUUAGUCUGGAUCUUGGACUACAAAAGGGACACAAGCAGGAUAUACUCAACUACAUUGACAGCAAGCUGAAAAUUGGCCACGAUAAGGUCGCCAAAGAGGUCCGCAUGGAACUUGAACAGAGAUCGACUAGAUCCGGGCUCUUCAUGUGGGUUUCCCUGGUCGUGGGGAUUCUGCAGCGGCACUAUGAUCAUCGUGGGGAAUAUGGACUGAAAAAAAGGCUUGACGAUAUUCCGGAAGAUCUGCACAAGCUUUUCCAUGAUAUUUUGAUCCGCUACAAGCAUGGUAUUUUGACCCGCGACAUGCAUGACAAGGAGCACAACGAGGACGAACUGCUUCUUUGCAUGCAGUGUGUACUGUUCGCAAGGCGGCCACUGGCACCGCAGGAGCUGUACCUCGCCCUCUGUCCUGGUGCAUCCGAGUCGGGUUUUGAUGGAAUGGAUGAGGCUGAUGCUAGAAAGCUUGUCCUCAGUUCGUCUAGAGGGCUUGCCGAAGUCACGAUGUCCAAGGAAACACCGAAAGUUCAGUUCAUUCACGAGUCAGUCAGAGACUUUCUUCUCAAAGGAAAUGGGCUCUACGAAGUGUGGCCUGAAGUCGAAUGGAGAUUUCGAGGAAAUAGCCACGAACGACUCAAACAAUGCUGCCUCAACUAUACGAACAUGAGCAUUGGUAUUCUGGACGGCAGCGACUUGCUCCCGAAAGCUGAGACGGGAGAAUGGAUCGACGCCAAACUGGCAGCGAAAAAGGCGAAACAAAGGCUGCCGUUUCUAGAAUACGCUGUUGAGAGUGUCUUUUAUCAUGCCGAUACCGCAGCAGGCGACGGCGUCUCUCAAGCGGAAUUUUUCCAGAGCUUUUCAACUGCGGAUUGGAUGACGCUCCAAUACCUCGUGAGAGGAUUCACUGGACCUGUUCGCAAAAGAAGGCUUUUAUAUCUAUUGGCCGAGCACAACGCAGCGAACCUCAUAAGUCGUCACCCAGAAAAGCUCUUCUGCUUCAAAGUAGAGGACGAGGUUUGGGGCGCGCCGGUUUUGGCGGCACUAGCAACCAAGAGUCACGAAGCGGUUUGUGCAUUUAUGAAAGCACACUUGGAUAUCCAACCACCAACGUCUCAUCUGCACGGCCUGUACAAAGCAUAUUGUCAGAAUGGAGACAAACAGAAUACUAUUGGAAAGAGUUCCGAAUUUCCACCCAAUGGAAACAUUCUCCUAUUUCUAUUACUGACAGGUAACGAACUAGUCUUUGCCGUCGCCCUUGCUUCAGGUUAUUGCAAAGCAUACACCAAGUUCAGCAGCAAUGCGGAAGGUACACUGCUGCAUUAUGCAGCGAGAUAUUGGUAUGAUGUAGCUGUGCGGGAGCUCCUAGCGCAGCGCGCACACGAUGGCAUUGACACUGUUGAUGAACGUGGCCGCACCCCUUUAUCAUGGGCUGUUUCGGGGGGGCCCGCCAUCAUGCCGAGAGAGACUAAAACCUUCGGAAGGGACAACCCAGUGCCUCUUAGCUGCGCUGCAAAGCAAAGGCAGAAAGUCACUGUGCAGUUGCUCCUUGAGCAGCGUGCAGACAAAGAGGCAGCGGAUAACCACGGCGCAACGCCUCUGACAUGGGCCUCAAGAAUGGGGCAUGAAGGCAUUGUGCAGCUGCUGCUUGCCCGGGGGGCGGAGAUCGAGGCCACCGAUGAGAACGGCUGGACCCCUCUAUCAGUGGCGGUUUUAGGUUUUCAAUCGAGUAGCCUCAAGACUAUAGAAAGGCUCCUUGAAAAAGGUGCCAACGUUAACGCGACCGAUAAGACGGGUCGCACGCCUCUAUCUCUGGCUGUUACUAGUCAACAUUACAGGAGCAAUGUGCCACUGCUGCUUGAUCCUCGGUGGGGUGCCAACAUUAACAUCGCCGACAACAAUGGUCACACGCCACUGUCAUGGGCUAAAGCUAGGGUCGGAGGUGAGGCUAUCGUACCAUUACUCCAGAGCAAGGGGGCUAGCCUUACUGCUGCUGAGACGACCGGCUAG